CGCUUCGAUCUAGGCGUCACCAGACAAGCCUUUGCUGGCACUUCGGCGUACCCAUUCCUGCUCAAAGAGAAGAACUCAUAGACAAAAUAGAAUCAGCAAGAAACAUCAAAGCCGUUCUAUUUAUCAACUCGGAUGACUGAUCUAAGUGACCGACCACCAAGAGGUGUUCUUACGAGCAGAAAUUGUGUAGAGGUUCGUAAGUUCAUUUGAAUGGUAAAUGUUAUCCUCCAGUGGCAUGGCAAUUUUGCUUGAAGCUAAAGCCAAAUUUGGCUUCAAGCUCUUAAAAUCGAAAUGCAAAUCUCCAGAUGCAUUGUCAGGGAGAGAGGACCUACGACUUGAAGGAAAGAAGACAAACAUGAAGCAAGCUACAAAACAAACAAAAUAAGAUUUGAGGAACCAUGGAGAGAAGAAACAACAAAUGGGCAAGUGUCUGAGAUGGGGUGUUUCCGACACAUGGGGGCCAUCACCGGAGCUGAAAUAGUACCAGGAAAAGAUUCUGAGAACAUCCGACUGACCAUGGUGAUGAUGUCAACCUCGGUGUUCUUUGUGUGUGCCAAGUCAGUGAAGGUUCAACCAAGUGAACAUUCUGUUCCAUUUCAUAUGAUUGCCGGGGAACCUGAGCAAGUAUGGAUAGCCCCAAGAAAUGGCCAACCCUGCGAAGGAAGAAGUACAGGAAGACAUCAGAGUGAGAGAUUUGUGGGGGGAGGAAGGCACAGAGAUGUCAAGUGGGAGAAUGGAAUUAUUGUGCUUCUUCUCACCUCACCUUGUGUUAAAAACGCAAGCAAGAAGGAGUAUGAACAGCACUGGAACUUCCUUUUUCUUCACUCCGAACCUGCUCAGGUACGCAGAGUAUCAUCCCUACCAAAUGAAGCACCGCAACCACCAAACGUGGGAACUGAGAAAAGGAUUCGAGCAGAACUAGUGCCUUUUUUCCUUGGCCUCUACUCCACUUUCUUUCUCAGUUCAGCUGCAUAAAACACUAUAAAGUCACU